AUGGGCUUUAAAUUGUUAAAUUCGACGCCUUAUUAUGCUCAAGCCAAUGGACAAGUCGAAGCUGCCAAUAAAGUGAUCAUUGGUUUGAUUAAAAAGCAUGUAGGGAAGAAGCCUAGGAAUUGGCAUAAAACUCUGGACCAGAUUUUAUGGGCAUGUCGCACCUCUCCCGAAGAGGCCAAUAAGUCAACCCCCUUUCGGUUAACCUUUGGCCAUGAUGUUGUUCUACCAGUAAAAGUUCACCUACAAUCCAUAAGGAUUCAAAGACACCACGAACUUCCAACAGAGUCAUAUUGGAGCAUGAUGUUGGAUGAAUUGGUUGACUUAUAUGAAGAAAGGUUAAAUGCUUUAGAGUUGCUAAAACGACAAAAGAAGAGAAUAGAAAUCUCUUAUAAUAAGAAGGUAAAAGUCAAAAGUUUUGCGAAUGAAGACUUGGUCUAG